AGGAAAUGACGAAGGCAGAGGGCGUCCAGGUCCGCUCGGUAACCGUUUCCCGCGCGCCCGGCCCCGACCCCGGGGGAAAGAGCCCCGGAGCGGAGUAGCACUGGCCGCGUGCCGCCUCCGGAGCCGGCAGCCCCCAUGGCUGGGGGUUAUGGAGUGAUGGGUGACGAUGGUUCUAUUGAUUAUACUGUUCACGAAGCCUGGAAUGAAGCCACCAACGUUUACUUGAUAGUUAUCCUUGUUAGCUUCGGUCUCUUCAUGUAUGCCAAAAGGAACAAAAGGAGAAUUAUGAGGAUAUUCAGCGUGCCACCUACAGAAGAAACUUUGUCAGAGCCCAACUUCUAUGACACGAUAAGCAAGAUUCGUUUAAGACAACAACUGGAAAUGUAUUCCAUUUCAAGGAAGUACGACUGUCAGCAAUCACAAAACCAGGCUGACAGUGUGCAGCUCUCAUUGGAAUGAAACCUCAGAAAAUGAGCAACAUAAGUAAUUGUUGCAAGCUCCUAAUUCUUUCUACUAAAUCAUGAACAGCUUUAAAAACAACUUCUGUCUGCAUAAAAUUAUUUUACUUGUGACUUUUUCCCAACGGUUUGUGCGUUUUGCUUUUUUAAAUUGCAUCUCCAAGUCAUUGUUAGGUAAAUACAAAUGGCUCAGAAGACCUUGAUACAGAAAGCCUGCACAUAUCAAGGAUCUAUGUAUCCAGUGAUGGUGACUUCACCUUGCAAAGACCUCUGAUUCCUUCAGGAUACAAUCAGAAAUAAAAACAUAUCUUGGGAAGCGGGAAUCCUGGAGUUUAUGCCACUGUGAUUAGAACAUUUUGCAAUAUUAAAAAAUAAAAAUGCAGCCAUUGGAA